AUGGCUUCAUCUGGAGCAAAGAAUAUCGCAGAAAACAGAGUUACCUACUUCAAUGAUAUGGGUUAUGACCCUAAGGCACUUGAAGAUGCUUCUGACACAAUCCGCUGGAUGGUUCAGGGAGCAACAGACUAUAUCGGAGAUGCUAAGAACUGGAAUGAAGGCUUCAUCGGAGCACUCACUGGUCUUCUGGGUAUGCCUGCAAGACGUAUCAGAAACUGGGGUGGAGGUAUUAUCGGUGAAGUACAGCAGGCCAAAGCGGAGAAGGUAGCUUCCCAGAAGGCUGCUGAUACUCUGAAUAAGCUAGUGAACUCUGAUAAAUUCCAAAACGAUUGGAGAGGUUAUAUCAGACACCUUGCUUAUGAUGAUCAAAUGCUAGAAGCUACACAGAAUGAUGAUAAGUAUGCUUGGCACACUGCUAAUGAUAAUCAGUUAAUUAGUGAUGUGCUGAUGUUCGCUGAUGCCGGAAAGCUUGAUGAUCUCUACGAGUUCAUUGACAGUCAGGCCUCUAUCAACAUCAACGAUAAGGACGCUAUCGAUAAGAUACGUGCAUUCUUGAGAAAAACUAAGGAAGACGAUAAUAUUGUUCUUGCUAAUGAGACAGAUGAGAAGAUACUUGAACGUAUAAAAGAGCAGGCGAAGGAUAUGAAGGACACGGUAGACACCUACCGAAAGGUAUUCGAAGAUCUUGCUUCAGUUGCUCCUACAGAUGUUAACUCUGAGAAGUUCAAGGAGAUGAUGUUCACUACCAUGCAGCUCCAUAAGUUUGAAGAACGAUUUAUUUCUACUCUUAACAAAACGGAAGCGUUGGUAUCUCCUGCACUCAGGGCUAGAUCGGUUGUUCGUGCUGACGGAACUAUAGAAACAGAUGAGAAUCGACUGAAAGAAAAUUUCCAGUUAGUCAAGGAACAAUUUCAUCAGGCAAUGGCAGGUAAUGUCAAGACUUCUAUUAUGGACUACUUGUCUGAGGCAGAGCUUAAUGCUUGGCUAGACAAUAUAGAAGAGGAUCUUAAAGCCCAGGAGAAGAAGCUUACAGGUGAAGCAGCGGAUAACACCAGUAAGGCUAUCAAGGCAUUACAAGAUAUGCGUAAGAUGGCAGAGGGUAGGCGUUCUCUCCUCAGGAAGAUUGUAAGCCUUCGUAAGAUGACUAAUGAGGAGUACAAGGCUCAGAGCAAAAUUCCUGAGACUGUUGUGGAACAGGCAGAACAGGCAGAUACUAAACAGGAGACUACUAAUCUCAAGAGUGUAGAUGAUGUUCGUGUCGAGUUGCUCAAGCGUUCUGGAAACAAAGAGAAGAGCGACUACAUUAAGGAGCUUAAAAAGAUACGUUCCUCAAAUAAAGCUGUUGACGAGUACUUUAAGAUUCAGGAACUUAAGAACGAUUACAAUAAAGUCAAGAAAGAGCAGAGGGCAUUGCCUACCACUACUCUUGCUAUGGAGACACGUAUUGUCGAGAGAAUGUUCAAUACAGGACAGUCUGUCGAUGAUAUCCUAUCCAUGAGAGAAGAACUUAUCCCUAGCUUACAGGAACUCAUUGAUGAUCUGAAAGAUCAUGUAACUGUGUUUAGCGGAGGUAACAGCAGACCUGAUUUGCUUGAAGCCUGUAGGGAUGAAGCUAUUCAGCAUGUUACUGAUAUUAUCAACGGUUUAAGAAGAGCUCGAAAGCUUACUGCUAUUGCUAGGGCUGCUAGUGCAGAAGUUCCUCCAGUAGAUGAUCCUAUAGCAGAUGCUUUUGACAGAGAAGGUAAGCCUGCUCCUUCAGAUGUGGAUGCACCUCCUCCAGCAUCUGAGGCUCCUACUGGUACAGGUAAACCUGCUACUCCAGCUCCUGCCCCUGCUUCAGAAGUUCCUGAUUUCUUGAAGCCUGAGCCGGCUGACACUUCUGACCUGGAGCCGCCUGUUAUUACAACUCCUCCUGAUCUCCAAGGCGAGUCUACAACAGAGGGCAAGAAAGUCGAGAAAGCUAUUGAGGCAGCUACUCAGUUGAUGCCUAGGCAAUAUCCUGAUGAGGACGGUUAUGCCAGAAAUGAUGGUAUAGGUGUAGGCUUCUAUAAUACGGCUGUGCCUGAAAUAGCUCCGAGGAGUAGGAAUGCUCUCAUUGAGAAAAAUAAGCAACGUAAAUUUGGCGAUAUAGCCAAGAUGAAGAUAGAGAUGCUUCCUGAUGAACUUCCUGGAUAUGAGGAAACCUGGAGAUGGCUUAAAGACCACGGGGCCUUUGAAACUAUGGAUACUGUGAGCAAAGGAGACAAGGUAUUCUUUGUCAUAGAUCCGAUUAUGGAAGAGUAUGACGGAGAGCCUCAGAUUCUUCUCUGCACAGGUACCAGAGAAAAUCCUCAAGUGUUCAAUAUCCUUAGGAAGAGUUCUCCCAAGGAUAAGCCUUGGAAGGGACUGUCUGAAUUACGGGCUGAUAUUUUGAAAGAAUAUGGGGCCCACAGAAACGGAAACAACAGUAAUUCUAAGUUUGUAUACUCGAAGAAUUCUACUGUAUGGGUACCUGGAUACUCCGAGAAUGCUCCGAUUAUUGCUAUUGGAAAGAAUGAUGAGAUAAUCCCUGUAAGAGGAAAGGUUAAUCCUGACCUGCUUGAAGCGUUUAAAUCCAAGCUCAUGUUUGAUGCUUCUCCUGACUCAUACAGAGGAAAUCUAUAUUACCUAGCUAAUGGAGAGAUAGCUGGAGUAGGGAAAGGGUAUAACAUGUUCAUCCCUAUUCGACUGAACGUAGAGCAUUAUAAUCCUGAUACUGCGGACAAUUCAGGCUAUGCUUUCGACCAGGUCAAUGCUUGUUAUGAGAAGCUUGUUGAUAUGGCUAGGAAGUUUGCAGAGGAUCCCGAGAAGUAUGACAAGGAUGCCAAGGAUGCCGUGCUGAAGGAACUGAACAAGUACUUGGAUAUUCAUGGUAUGAAUGUCUCCUUCGGUUUGAUGGCAGGCAAACUCCCUGUAGUAAGUCUAUACUCAUUUGCAGAUAAUUAUGCUAAUGGAACUUACAAGAGGGAUAGUAAGCCUACUCUUUUCGGGCAGAUACCGGCGAACAGUAUUACAGCUGAGACACUGAAAGAGUUCUUCUCUACAAUAUCUACUCCUACUGACGAGGAAGGACAUACCAAGGAAAUGCUGAAUAACGGACUGCUGACUACUAAUGCUGACUCUCUGAGAGCUCUUGGAGCAGAUGUGUAUUUCGAGCCUUAUAAUCCUGAGACAGGAAAGUUUGAGAACGGACACACAGCAGAAGAAAUUGCUGGAGAUCCUCCUGUAGCUGAAGCACCGAUUGCUGCAGAAACCUGCUCCUGCUUCAGGGCUCUGGAGUUCAUUAAAGGUCGUAACAUAGUGUCAACCUCAUUACUUCAAAAAUAUUUAAGUCUAGGGUAUGCUAGAGCAGCUAGGAUAAUAGAUAAGCUAGAAGCUGAAGGACUUAUAGUUGCCAAAGCUAGUCCUACGGGAAAGUUCUUGUAUCAGGACUUAACCCAUGAUCAGAAAAAAGCUCUUGAAGCCCAAGGGGUAGAUGAGCAGCUGUUUGAUGAGCUGCCUCUGUCAGAUCAAGAAGUACUACUCCGUUGUGCAUAG